AUGAGUGCGACAGAACACUACAGCAACGUGAGUGCGAUGGUGCCUGGUGCCGCCAGGAAACGUCUGAGGGAGGAAGAUGUAGUGGCCAGCAGCAACUGCACUGGAUUCGUCGACCAUCCAAAUAAACGCUUGCAUUCCCUGCCUCUUCGGUCCGCUUGCAGAAUUAUGCAGCAAAAAUGCCAAUCCUCCUUCCAAGUGGCGCCACUCACCGAGAAUGCGAACAAGGCGAAUUUUCAAUCUCACCAUGUGCCCUGGUCCUCGCCUCCCGCACCGCCCGCACCCCUGGCGGCAACCGUGCUGGAGCAAGAUACGGAGAUGGAAAUGGCUGACGCCAGCCCCCCUCCACAUAAUGAAGCUGCGGAUGACCGACCGUAUGGGCACUCGGCCGACCAUAUUCCUACACCUGUCGAAGCCAGCAGCGUCGGAACCGCCGUCACAGGCCACAACGCCGAAUGGGCUGGCCGGAACCCACAUGUCACGCAGAUGAAUGGUGUCGUGAAUAUGGGCCACCACCAGACAGGCUUCGCCGAGAGCAGCGUUGGGCAUCGGGCCGUCGGCAGCUAUGGAAACGAGGGCGCCUUCCCAUUGAGCGGACAUGUGCCCUCGCCUCCAUCCGAACCGACCGACUCGCUCCAACUCCAGGCUUUCGACUCCUCAAGCAUGAUGGUGGAUGACGAGACGGCGACUUCAUCUCGAUACACGGACAUGGCUCCAUGCUCCGUCGACCAUGCCAACGCCAUGGACAUUGAGCUGCCCAAAAUACAGCGAACCAGCAGCUCCGAAACCGGCUCUACCGCCUCCUCCCCUGGAAGACGGGGCCACGUGCGGAGCAAGCAUACCGUCAACUCGUGGACCUGGCAACCUGGCAUGACGAAGAGCUUCAGUAUAGGAUACCGCUCUGACUGCGAAAAGUGCCGACUCAAAGUCCCUGGCCAUUUCAACCACAUUGUCAUCUCAUAG